CCGCGGAGCGCUUCACCCGCCACGCAACACGCGCGAAGAAGGAAUGACGGGUCGUAAACAUGGCGUCCGCCAUGGAUGAUGAUGAGAUUGACAACGAUGAUUACUAUUCUUUACUGAAUGUCAGGAGAGAGGCAACACAGGAGGAACUUAAGGCGGCAUACAGACGAUUAUGCAUGCUGUACCACCCAGACAAACACCGGGACCCUGAGCUGAAACGACAAGCGGAGCAGCUGUUUAACCUCGUACAUCAAGCCUAUGAAGUCCUUAGUGACCCACAGGCACGCGCUAUCUACGAUAUCUAUGGCAAGAGAGGACUCGAUGUCGAAGGAUGGGAGGUAGUAGAAAGAAAAAGAACACCCGCAGAGAUCCGAGAGGAGUAUGAACGUCUUCAGAGAGAGCGUGAAGAGAGAAGGCUUCAGCAAAGGACCAAUCCCAAGGGAACUAUCAGUGUGGGUAUCGAUGCCACAGACCUCUUUGAUCGAUAUGAAGAGGACUAUGAGGAUAUGGUUGGAGGUGGUAUCCCACAUGUGGAGAUCAACAAGAUGCACAUAUCACAAUCCAUAGAGGCCCCUCUUACAACAACAGACACUGCCAUUUUGUCUGGCUCCCUGUCGACCCACAACGGAAAUGGAGGUGGCAACAUAAACUUGGCCUUGAGAAGAGUCACCUCAGCGAAGGGCUGGGGAGAGGUUGAGUUGGGUGCUGGAGACACCCAUGGACCUCUCUUGGGAAUGAAGAUAUUCCGAAACUUGACACCACGCUGCUUUGUGACGGCUCAGUGUGGACUGCAGUUCUCAUCCCGAGGAGUCCGUCCCGGUGUCACCACUGUGCUGGCCCGCCACCUUGACAAAAACACUAUGGGCUACCUGCAGUGGCGCUGGGGGAUCCAGUCCUCUAUGAACACCAGUGUUGUCAGGGACACCAAGAGCAGCCACUUCACCUUUGCUAUGCAGCUUGGCAUCCCUCACUCCUUUGUAAUGAUGAGCUACCAGUACAAGUUUCAGGAUGACGACCAGACCAAAAUCAAAGGCUCAGUAAAAUCAGGCUUCUUUGGGACUGUAGUAGAGUAUGGAGCCGAGAGGAAAAUCAGUCGACACAGUGUGUUGGGGGCCACUGUCAGUGUGGGAGUUCCCCAAGGUGUCUCCCUCAAGAUCAAGUUAAACAGAGCCAGCCAGACAUAUUUCUUCCCUAUCCACCUCACCGACCAGCUCCUACCCAGUGCAGUGUUUUACGCCACAGUUGGGCCUCUGGUCUUCUACCUCGCCAUCCACCAGCUUGUUAUCAAGCCGUACGUGCGUGCACAGAAGGAACAAGACUUGGAGAAGCGAAGAGAGAGCUCGGCCUCUGACAUAGCAAGGAAGAGACAGGAGGCAGAGUCUGCUGUCUUGCUCAUGCAGGAGUCUGUGCGCAGGAUUAUUGAAGCGGAGGAGUCUAGAAUGGGUCUCAUCAUCCUCAACGCCUGGUACGGCAAAUUUGUGACAGACAACAGUAGGAGACACGAAAGGGCAAAGGUCAUUGAUGUGACCGUACCACUUCAGUGCCUGGUGAAAGACUCAAAGUUAAUCCUCACUGAAGCCACAAAGUCAGGACUACCUGGGUUCUAUGACCCCUGUGUGGGGGAGGAGAAGAGCCUCAAGGUGCUGUAUCAAUUCCGGGGAGUCAUGCAUCAGGUCUUGUCAGGGGACACCGAACCACUCAGGAUACCAAAGCAAUCUCACAGGAUUGAUGCCGACACUUAGGAGUUCCUCUGCUCAACAAGAGACUCAUCGUUGAACUGACUGUCAGACAGAAAAAAGGAUAAACUCCUGUUUUAGAUACAACAUGGAUUCAAGUCCACGUUCCCAAGAAGUCAUGCAUCUUACUUGUCUUUACGUUUUUCAUUUAAAUAUGCAGAAAGGAGCCAAGGCAUUACAGACUGGGCUAAAUAAUGAUUUGGUAUCUAUGGACAGGGUUGCGGCCUGCUUGACAUUCUGAAGUAAAACCAAAAUCAAUGGCUACCGUCUAAUUUCCUGGGCCUUUUCGCCUUCUCACGGUACCUAUUUAUUUUGGUAUGAGUUGUUAUGUGUGAUCACGUUGAACUGUAUUGUACACAACACUGCAGUGCCUAUGUGGUUGAAGUCAUGAAAGCAGCUCUGUGUAUUUGCCAUAUAAUUAAAAGUUGAUCUCUUCCAUGUUGCUUAUUUUUUUAGGCAGUUGCACUGGAAG